AUGAAGCUCAGUCAACCACUAAGCAUCUUCGCGAUUCUCGCAGCAUCAACUGUCGCAGUGGCCGUUCCUCAAGACGAUGCAUGUGCACAAUGCCUCACUGAGGGCACUUUCUGCGAGGGCUUCGCAGGACCCGUUGGCACCUGUUGUGAUGGAUUAGUUGACGGAUCUGUUCAGUGCUUGGCGAAGGGCGAAACUUGCGUGAGCAUUGCAGGCCCUGUUGGUACAUGCUGUACUGGAAAAUGUACCUUCGUUGCACCGGACUACAGCGUUUGCAAGUGA